GAGAGGAACUAUGAAAAUCUGCUGACGAGAGGCACGACUGCCUUUGGAGGAAAUUCAACAACUCCAACUCGAUAACCCAGAUUUCGGUGUAGCCGCAUAACGUUCGGGGUUGUCAGGGGCCAGGUGGAAGGAAGGAAGAACGGAAGGAAUGUGCGACGAGUCGUGACCAGCGGAAGGCGGCCAGUCGACGAUACAUUUCCGGUGGUCGGCGGCCACUUGGAGCAAGUUUGCCCCUUGAUCGUGGACAAUAACGUGGGCGAGGACCGCUCGUUACACGCUACAUGCCCACGAAGGAUAUGGAUAGACGAGCGUCCUCAGCGCAGUUGGCAUUCGUGACACGCACCAUCGAUGACAUGAGCCACCAUGGGAUCCAUCGCUUCGCCGCACCGCACCGCACCAUGUCGCCAGGAAUUACGAUUCUCUAUAGGCGCAUUUAUGCACCGAAAUCGACGACGAACCCCGAUGUCUCCACUGGCGCGUUCUCCUUGACGAAAACGGCCACCGGUAUACUCUUCAAGUUCAGCAACAUCGACGAUUUUCAGGCGGUCUACAAAAAGGGCUUCCACAAAGUCACCGGGGCACGCUUCUACAAGAAGGUCGCUAUACCCUGCAGACCGGCGAAGACGUUCACCGUCUACGUUUUGGACGUACCUGAAGAAUUACCCGAGGAGGAUAUUAGACACGCUCUCUACAAGUACCGGUCUAUAGUCGAAAUUACGCGGCUACCUCUCAACACGGGCACUGUUCUGAAAGCGAUCAACGACAAGUUGAAAAGCGACGCUCACAGCCAGAAUGAGCCUGCGACGAUUUACACGGGGCCACCCGUUAUAAGGGUUACCCUGGCCAGCGUGGAAGAGACCUCGACGCUGCUCAGCCGUGGACUGGAUUUUUAUGGAGCCACAUAUUUCCCCACCGAAACUCCCCAUCCAGCUGCUCAGCCCCUGGCCAAAUACAAAAACAACAGAUGGCUCGAGCUGGCAGCCGUCGGUGCUGGACAAAGAGUCAGGGAUCUGCUUCCGGUCUUCGACAACGCUGGCUUCAACAAAUUACCACCCCCGGCCAGCCGGCUGAUAAAACCACAAAAAAACUGACACGUUCCUCGACUUCUUUCAUCCCCUCUUCGAAAUUCCACGCAACUGCCGUGUUCGCCACCUUCGACCUUGAGUUUUAUCGCAUUUUAGAUAGGAGUGUCGAAGAUCGGUUUCAGGGGAUCGAGAAUGCGUUAAAGGAAAUCGGAAAUUCUUUCUUGCACCGUAACAUAAUCGCGUUUGUGUAAUACUUUUGUUAACUGAAUUCCUUCGUAGUGUAAUAGAACGAGGAAGAAGGCUAAAGGGAACGACUAACAAACUAUUUCUUUAAUUCGUGAAGCUAGAUGUACAAAUUUGUAACAUCUGCUGCUCCUACCUAAUGAGUUUUAACAAUUCGGUUAUGAUUUCUAUGGAGAUGAACGAUUACUCGUUCUAACAUUAAAAUUAAGUAAUUUUCAGGAAACAGAAUUGAUCGGUGUUUGGUUUCUGAUUGAGCGUUAUAGUACAGCGUUACGGUAUCGUAUUCCAUGGUCUGUCUGACUUUCUCUCGUACCACACUGUGAGAAGGUUAACAAUUUGCUCGAUAGGUUGACUCGGUAAUCUACCAGGUAGAACGAUUACUAUGCAAAAUCCUUUUUAAAAUACACACAGUUUAAAGGAACUGGGUUUUACCAUUUACAUUUUUCAUCGAUGGUGAAAAUGUAUUUAUCACGGUGAUUUGUGCCGGAACUUGAAAAGAACGGCGAAUCCUGUGGAAUAGCGAAUAAAACUAAAUAUCGACAAAAGAUAUGUCUUAAGAGAUAAGUUUUCAUCGAAUUCUUAUUCAUAUUGUAAUAAAGACUUAAACUGGUAUUACGUUUGUUAACCUCAGCCAUACCUCUGAUCAAAGAGAUUCUAGAAUAAAGAAGGCCAUUUCACGUUUAUUCUACGAACGCUUUUGUACAAGUUAUUGAUAUUUAUAGAGAUCGUUCUAUCUGGCUCUUCCUAAAAUGUUCCUAUUCGCAUGUGCAAGAAUAAUAUUUAAUUGCAAUAACGAAUCGCUGUUCCUAUUUAAGUUAUAUAUUACGAUUCAUAAGAAUGAAUUGUUCUCUCGUUAAAGAGAUUUCGGUCAGUCUGUGACAAAUUGAAAAAUUUACGUAUGUCGAAAGAAACAAUAUCUGAAUAUAGAAUGCUCUAACACACAACAUUGUUAUUUAAUACCUCAGCGACGAGGAAUCAAUUUCUUGACACUGUAUUAACGAUGAUAAUUUUACAUUGUAUAGAAAAUAUUAAAAUUUUGAAGUGACGCAAAAA